AUGGAUAGACUACUUAAAAAGAUUGAGCAUAAAAAUUUAACAAGAGCCUUAAUGAGAAAUAAAAGCAGCAUUAUUGGUAGACAACAAACCCAUCAAAAUGAACAUUUGAGUAGGAACAAAGUCAGAAAUUCUCUAUCAAAGAAUUCAUUGAGUGUUUCCAUGAAAUUAAACUAUCUCAAGGCCAUUGAAGAUAUCAACAAGUCAAAAAAUGAAGAUUUUUCUCAAGCUCUAACCCUCUUGAAUCAUAAAUUAAAUUAUCUUGACGAGAAAAAUAAAGUUCCCAAGAAAGCGGUGAACAAAAAGUUAAAAAUCAUUAAAUUGAAGAAGAGAUCUCCUAAAGAGAAGACCAUGAACAUAGAAAGUUCGAAAACAAUAAAUUGUGCUACAAAUGACAUCAAGAAUGAUUCUUCUUCCAUGUUGCCUAAUUUGGUAAACCUACUAAAUCCAAGCACUAAAAAGGUGGCCAAAGUUAAGAAAUUAAGGAAGGUUCGUCUGUCCCAAAUUAACAAUGAGUCCUCAACACCUUCAUUACCUCGGUUAUCAGUUUCAUCACAAAGUGGUAUAUCAAUGGCAUCAUCUCAGCAUGAAAGUGCAAAGAACAUCAGCUUACUCGCUGAUAAGAAAGAAAUCACGAAGUCCUUGUUUGCCAAACCAGCCUUCAAUUCUGAUUCAGACCCCAGCUCUGAAGAAGGAGAUGUGGCUCCAAAGAACUCAUUGGGAAAACCAAAGUGGCUUGAAAUUUCUCAAGAGACUCUAGAAUCUCAUCACAAUUCCUCAUUUAACGGCACAUGUUGGAUUAAGGAUAGUAAAAUUUUCAAAGAAGCCAUCAGGCAUAAAAUGACCCAACUCUCUAAGCUCAGACCAGCUAGCAGAAACAACAUUUGCUCCCUUAAGCCCAAAAAUGCCACUAUGAAUCUAAACAGAAGUAUGAUUUUAGGGCCGAAAAGAGCCUUGGCAGUAGCCAAAAACUAAAAGGAAGACAGCUUCUUUUAUUUUUGGCAGGUUUUAGCCUAUAAAUCAGUAAUUCAGUACUUUAUAAUUAACCCUUUGAAAUGUAU